ACCAGUAUGGGAGCAACCAAGAGAUCGCUGGGUAUACAUGCGUACAUUUGCGUGUAAUUCGUGGUGACCUUUUAACAAUGGCGGAUUUUAACUGUAGUAAGAAGUCCUUUAUGAUACGCGAUUUACUUGAAUUGUCUGAGCAGCCAGUAGAAGGUGUUACAGAACGAGAUGAUCCUGCCCAGUCGGUGCAGGAACUGAAGAAAGGUCAUCCCAGAAAGCGUAAAAUGCGGCUGCAGCGGAGACGACGCACAGCGUUUUCUCGAUCCCAGUUGACAUAUCUGGAAUCCAAAUUUCGCUGCCAGAAGUAUCUGACCUUAUCGGAUCGCAGUCAGGUGGCGGAAAUUUUGUGUCUUUCUGAAGCUCAGGUUAAAUGCUGGUUUCAAAACCGCCGGACAAAAUGGAAGCGCCAGACGACAUUCGCUAGUCGGGCUGAGCAGCUGCGUGAACACGCGGUCCAUCACCAGAACGGCUGUCCGGCUGUGCCGCUUUUCCAAUCAGGAUCCAGUGGAAGCGAGUCCGACAUCGGAAACUCCACGAAGAUCGAUGCCAGCCGCACCACGUCUAACUGCGGCAGCGAUGUCGCUCUUCCGGCUCCAGCUCUCCAAGUCGUACAACGCUCGUCGGAAAUCAGUGCUAUUAUGAAUGGCAUCGCUUUUCGCAUUAAUCCACGGGUCUUGGCUAAUUUUCCACCGUACUUUUACUGUUAACUAUGGCCGAUGGGAGCUUGAAAUGCAACAGAACCUGUAAAAUUACACGAUUUAGGCCUAAAAUAAUU